AUGCGCCGUUCUACGAGAAAGAGGAAAGCGCCCGCUAACUUUGAGCCGGAUGCAGUGGCGGUGCCACCCCAACCGGCACCUGCACCCCAACAGGCACCUCUUCCCCAACAGGCUCCAAUGAUGCCCCAACCAGUACCAGUACCACAACCAGCUCCGGUGUUGCCCCAACCAGCGCCAGCACCCAGACCAGACCCAAUGGUACCCCUACCAGAAGCAGUGGUACCAGCACCAGUUGGUCCAGUUGGUAAUGAACACCCGCAAGAGGUGCUUGAUCAAGGUACAUGUAUUAGGUUAAUUAAUUUUGAUGCAAUGGCAAAUGACCAGCCACAAAUGGUACCCACGGCUCGGGCUGGGCUGUGA